UCAAAUGUGGUCACACUGCAACGGCUCAGUAUCGAAUCUCUAAUUAUGGCGAAUAUGUGUAAAGUGAAAUUGUUGCAAACGAAGAAGUGAAUACAAAUACAAAGCAAGUCAGUUAAUUAAGCAAGUUAUUCAUUGCACGUUUAUCAGUGAAAAAGAAGUGAACCAAAUGACCACCGCUGCAUCCACAUCGCAAAAUGCGUCGUCAACGCUCUUGGCCGCUGCCGGGGCAACAACAACAUCCUCACUGACAACAGCAACAUCAACGCAACAGCCCAGCAGCUCAGCAGUUCGUGCCCUGGCCAUGGAAUACAAAUCCCUGCAAGAGGAGCCGGUGGAGGGAUUUCGUGUGAAACUAAUGAACGAUGAUAAUCUAUUUGAAUGGGAAGUGGCCAUAUUUGGGCCACCGGAUACCUUGUAUCAGGGCGGCUAUUUCAAGGCACAUAUGAAAUUCCCAAAUGAUUAUCCAUAUUCGCCGCCAUCCAUACGCUUCCUCACCAAGGUCUGGCAUCCGAACGUCUACGAGAACGGGGAUCUAUGCAUAUCGAUACUACAUCCUCCGGUCGAUGAUCCGCAGAGCGGCGAACUGCCCUGCGAACGUUGGAAUCCCACACAGAAUGUGCGUACCAUUCUUCUCUCGGUCAUAUCGCUGCUCAAUGAACCCAACACUUAUUCACCGGCGAAUGUAGAUGCUUCGGUGAUGUAUCGAAGAUGGCGGGACUCGCAGGGUAAGGACAACGAGUAUCCGAAUAUCAUACGCAAACAGGCGCUGGCUGCCAAUGCGGAAGCGAAGCGUGAGGGCAUUGUGGUGCCCAUGACACUGGAGGAUUACUGUUUGAAGCCAACGGUUAAGCCCAGUACAGAGUCUGGACUGGAUGCGAAUUUCUAUGAUGAUGAUUUCGAUUUGGAAACUGAAGAUUUGCCCACAGAUUCCGAGGAUGAGGAUGACGAGGACGACGAUGAGGAUGAUGAAGAGGAUGAGGAUGACAACGAUGAUGACGACGACGUAAAUGAAGAGAAUCAGCAGGAAAAGGGUAAUGGCGAUAGUGCUGCGAUUAGCAAAACUAAAUGCAAGAACAACAAUGGUCUGGUUGCAACGAAAACAACUGCAGCUGGUGGCGCUUCAGCGGAUGACACCGAAUCUGCCGAUGAUAGCGGCAAGGGCGAAACCUCAUAAUGCUGCAACCACAACCAGAAGCAUCUGCAAUUUCUCCUCAAUAGCUCCUUGCCCUAGGCCUCCGUGUAGCAUUUAAGUCGAAGUCUGGUGUCAACAAUCUGUCUGUGUGUGCGUGAAUCGAGCUAGGAGGCGUUUAAUACAACAACAACCCCAAAUCGCUAUGCUUAUGUCAUUUAUCCCGAUACACAAGUUAUUGCAUCUAUAUACAACAACAACUAAAAGUAAAAACCAGUCAGCCAAUCAAACUCAGCUCCAGCAACAAAACAGCUAAUAACCCUCAGCCAGCCAGUUAGCUUCAGUUUUCUGGCCAGGCCUAUUUUGUAUUUUGAACCAAUCCAUUGAAUCGAGUUUCGGCAGCUUGCGAAUCCUUUCAACAACAA